GGGUGAAGGGGAGAGAUGGCGGAGUACGAUGAGCGUGGCAACUGUGCGUCAAAUAUGUAUUUACCGAGUUGUACAUAUUACGUUUCGGCGCCUGAUUUUUCUUCAGUCUCCUCGUUUUUACCCCAGACUACUUCGUGUCAAAUAAAUUUUCCUUAUUCUUCCAACAUAGCUCAAGUCCAACCUGUUCGAGAAGUGUCUUUCAGAGACUAUGGACUGGAUCACUCAAACAAAUGGCAUUACAGGGGCAAUUACGCUUCCUACUACUCAACGGACGAGAUAAUGCACCGAGACUUAAUCCAGUCGUCGAACAGGGCGGAAAUGAUAUUCAAAAAUGAUUCCUUGUACGGCCAUCACGGCGGUACGAGCUCGCCAUGCAAUUUCUUCACAAAUGUCGGCCGAAAUGGGGUUCUUCCACAAGGGUUCGAUCAGUUCUUAGAGACUGUUAACUCUGAGAAGCCCAACCCUGACGACUCAAAACAAAAGACACACUCCAGUCUCCCCGGAGAUGCUGCGUGUAAUAAACAGACUUCAGAUAGGCCUACAUCUGAGGAGUCUAAACGAGACCCAACUGAGGACAUGGACGAAGAUGAUUAUUCGAUAUCAAACUGCGCUGGGGACAAGAACAACGGCCCAAGUUCUUCAAAGUCCAGAAAAAAGAGAUGCCCCUACUCCAAAUACCAGAUCCGAGAACUUGAACGAGAAUUCUUUUUCAAUGUGUACAUAAACAAGGAGAAGCGGCUCCAGUUGUCAAGGAUGUUAAACCUGACAGAUCGACAAGUGAAGAUUUGGUUCCAGAACAGAAGAAUGAAAGAGAAAAAGCUCAACCGGGACCGGCUUCAGUAUUUCACUGGGAAUCCCUUAUUCUGAACCUUACGCAUUUGGAGUAGUAGUUGCUAAAUGCUUCACAACAGAUUGAAUAAAGAGUUGGUUUUUUUGGGGGGGGACAUCUCAUAAUCUAUCAAAACAACAGAAGGUGAAACACCGCACAGCAUAAUGAACAUUGCAAACAGGCUGGAUCUAUCUAUGCAAGGCUCUUGGCAUCUGCCACUUAAAUACUUACCUCAAUGAACACAUGAAUCCUGUUAUUUAAAAUAAGAUUCAAUCCAGUGAAGAAAUCAUCCAGGAGACCUCGUCAUAAUGUCCAUUUGUAUAUCAUUAUACUAAUUAAUUAUAAUCUCUAGGCUAUGCAUAUCUUUUUUAUUUAUUUAAGUUUACAUGGUGGCGUUUGGUGGAUUCUAAAAUAUUGCAGUAAGCAACGCGUACUUUGAGUAGAUUAAUCAAUCAAGUAGACUACAAUAAGUAAUUUAUAAUAGUAGAAUUGUGUAUGCAUUUAGUAGACGCAUGUGAUGUAUAUUGUGGUUAUGUGAUAUCAAAAUAAAGUAAA